UCGUCCACACAGUAUUAAAAUAUUUGGGUGUGAAGGUUUCAAACUUCAAACUGUGAACAUGGAAGAGUUUGGUAAGGAUCCAGAGGAGGCGCCUGGACCUGAAAAUCAGCAGGAAAGGUAAGUAUUUAACGUUAAUUUUUGUGAUUUUAGCAUUAGCAAUUAUGAUAGUAUACGGAUUUGUCUCCUUUGUAGUCAGCUAACUUAGUGUUUAUCUCUAGGUCCUCCUUACAGAGUGGUGAGGCAGAUGAGGAGGUCCAUGAGGACGUGAACGAGGAGCCCCACAACCAGCAGCCUGAAGAUAAGAAGGUGGAGGAGAGUGAAAAGGUUUGACCUUAAGGUUUCAGUAAGCAAUCUACCUUAAAUUUAACACUUCUAGGGGCCUCUUUGUUUUUGGUUUGGGACUAAUAAACAGAAUUAGUAAGAAUAGAUCAGUGAAACCAAUAAGAACUUAAAGCUCCUGUCAGCCUUCAGACUGACAUGAAUGCUGAUACCCUUUAAUGGCUUCAAAACCAGACCACUACAAGCAGAAUUUGUAACAGCGAUGUAGUUUUUAUAGUAAUUUAAUACAUACCAUUAGUUAGCACACACACAAACAUAAAUUCACCAGGAGUCAUAUUUGAGAUAUUUCAAAUUAGCAAGCGUAGGCUUUCAGUCAGAAAGGGGGACAAGUAUAAAAGAAGAAGUAUUAAAGACUGGUAGAUCUGUCAAAAAUAGCUACAUGUCCAGAGCCGGCCCAAGGCAUAAGCAAACUAAGCGCCUGUGUAGGGCCCCGCCGCCAGUAGGGGGCCCCCAAAACAAUAAAAAAUAAAAUAAAAUAAAUAAAUAAAUAAUGAUGAUAAUAAUAAUAAUAACAAUAAUAAUAUUUUUUUUGCAUGAAUGAGUGAUGCUUUCUGUAUGAUCAAAUAUAUAUUAUUGUAAAAAUAAAAUAAAGUAAAAACAUUUUAGUGCUGCUGCUGAUGUAGGCCUAUGAUUCUCACCACUGAAAUGUCAAAGCUCCACAACUGUUAUGUGCUUCCUGCUGUGCAAUGUGCACAGAGCAUCCAAAGUGCAGGUAGUUGUGGGGCAAAAAAAUGUUGCAAAAAAGGACAUAUCCUUCAGGAGCAGAGAAAAGAAAGAGGAAGAAGAGAAAAAUCGCCAAGAUAAAGGUAUGUUUGCAUAGAUUUGUGAAGGUGUGUGAAUGAUCAACAAUCAAUAUUAUUGGCAGAAAUAGAGGGCCCCUAUAACAAGUUUUGCAUAGGACCCCAUUGAGGCUUGGGCCGGCUCUGUACAUAUUAUAGUGAAAUCAUGGGCUGCUGUUUUUCUCUGGUGCAGGUUCCUGAAAUAUUCCUUGACUCACAUUUACAGAGGUGUUUGAAAAUGUUUAAAAACGGCCCCUCCUUGUGUUAGAUGGUGCUUUCUCAGAGGAUCCUCACCCUGCAGAGAGAACUGCCAGAGCAAAUAAGAAACAUCCAAACUGCAGCCGAUGCAAAAGAGUCAAUGCGAAGAACAGAGCAGGAGAAAGCUUGCAGACUCAGGUUGAUAUUUUUCCUCUGCUCUCCUUACUUCCUCUUUUCAAGUUUCAUCUUGUAUCAUUUUAUUCAUGGCUAAAUUUACUUAACGUCCUUAUCUUUGCCCGUUUGUUUUCCUCCCCUCCUGUUUGCCACGCUCCUGUUUGGGCUUUCCCUUUGGUAGAUUGGAGCUGCUGGAGAAUGAUGUGAAAUCCAGCCAGGAAAAAUUUGGAGAGAUCAUCGGAGAGUGGUCAACAGCCAAUCAGAAAAUAACCCCCCAGGAGCUGCAGGAGCUGCUGAACAACCAGCAGAAACUCUCUUCUGCUCUCUUAGAUGACAAAAAAAGAGUCAUAAAUGAGCUGCAGCAGGUACAUUUAUCUAUCUAUCUAUCUAUCUAUCUAUCUAUCUAUCUAUCUAUCUAUCUAUCUAUCUAUCUAUCUAUCUAUCUAUCUAUCUAUCUAUCUAUCUAUCUAUCUAUCUAUCUAUCUAUCUAUCUAUCUAAGCUUUUAUGAUUGUCUGAAAUGUUAUCAGGAGCUGAAGGUUGGAGAUGAUCGCUAUGUGAAGGACCUGAGGAAACACGCAGAGGAGCUGGGCCUGAUGAUGGAGCGUGUGGAGGACCAAAUCAAAACCCUGAAAAUGGCUUACAGGGAGGAGCUGGCUCACAUUCAGGUUGAAAACUAAUGCUUGACUUUUGUUUUUUGGUUGACACUAGUCAGAGGGAAUCUGCCCAUCAGAGUUAACUGUAACCAUUUCUCUGGUUAUCUUACAUGUCUUGAAGCACCACUAAUACCUUUUUUUACAUAAGCCUAGCUCUUUGGUUCUCGGCCACACACCUGCAGAAGUCUCAUCCCUGUCAUGGAUUUAGACUGCCUGUCUUAUUUAUGCUACUGUUGUUGCUGUCCAUUAAUGGUGUCGCUUCUGUUUUUGGCAGAGAAUUAAUCAGCAGGAGAGUGAAGUCUUGCUUACAACGGACAAGGCAGAAUGGGAGCAACGUUUGAAGGCACUGUGGGACAAAGAGGUCGGGAUCUCUGAGGAAACUAAAACAACAAGAUCAUCCACCUCUGUAUAACAUGAUACAACAUCUGAUUCUCUGUUUUCAGCUGGACAGGCUGAUGCAGAGGCAGGAGAAGGUGGAGGAGUACAACGAAAAAGUUGAAGAUGUAGUAUUGGAGACCAGGGACCAGUUCAACGAUAAGCAGUUGGGGCAUAAUGAAAAAUUAAUGGUCAGAGCAAAUACCAUUUUGUACCAACAUCAUUUUACCCAUCAGCUCUUUUGUUCUAUGACGUAUAUUCGAUGAAACAGCUCUCCUCACUCAGAAAAGUCUGACCACUGUCUACUUAAAAAAGUUAAGACAACAAAUGACACUUUAUAUAAUUAAAUAGAUUUUAAUAACUUCAACUUUUUUCAAAAAUGAUUGAUUUAAUUAAGUCAAUUUAAACAAUUUGGCACAACUUGUCUGGGGUGGAGGUGUACGCCGAUAAAAACAAAUAGUUUCCACUGAGUAGCGUUUAUUAAUUUUUUUCAACAUUGUUGACUUAACUGAUAAAAUAUAAUUAAAUUCUACUCAGCGAUUUUCAGCUGAUAUUAUUCAAACAAAAAUAAAUCAAUUCACUUGAUAAAUGUUUCAAAUUGGUUUAGAUCAACAUAAUGAUAUACCAAACUGCACAGUCAUUUUUUAAAUGUAUACGUUACUGGUAUUUAUUUUGUAAAUAUUAAUUUAGCCUAGUCACACUUUUUAGAGUGCUUAUAGAAACAACGUUCAUGAAUAAACCUUAAAGAUUAGACAAAAGAGCCCAGUUCUAAGAGGUUCUGUUGUUCCCUCCGCAGGCUAUGGUGAGAGAGCGUAAACAGCUUGAAGCCGCAAGCAUGUCAACACAGAGAAUACUGACUGUAAUACCUAAGCCUGAUGGUCCAGACAACCUGAUCCAGAGGAAACUAAGACUUGUCAGGUAGAACAGACACCAAACACACAAUUCCUGUUAACAUCUGGUGUGAGUUUGCCCUCCUGGAUGAUGGAUCAGUGGUGGACAGCCUUGAAGUACAGGUGUGUGUAGCUAUACUUGACUUUGUGUUACUCUUUUGUGUUUCAGAAAAGAGAUGUUAAACCUCAAGGCUCAGUAUAGCAGCCAACAGAAAUGUAUCACGCAGAUGAAGCGGCAGUUGACUGAUCGGCGCAAUCGCAUUGUCCAGCAGCAUGGACACACACAGAAGAAAAUACAGUGAGUCAGACUCACUCUUUAAUAAUACUUGUCCAAGUGAUGAUGUGAGGUUUCUUAUUUUUGACACAUGAAUCGUCCGCUCUUCUGCAGGCACUUUGCAGUCGCUGAUGUUAAGAAAUUUGAACAGAUGUGGUUGAUGAUUGAAGAUGAGGUGAAGCAACUAGUGGAGAGGGUUUUGGUUUUAGACUCAAUAAUCUACAAACAACAUCUCGGCUUGGCUUGGGAGCGACCUCACAUGGCGUUCAUGGGGCGAAGCGGUCUCAUCCAGCCUCAAAAGCAGACACAGAGCCCCACCCACCAGGCUGUCACUCAGGUGAUCCGCACUCAGGAUUUACAGGGUAGUCAGAGGAUGACGGAUGCCUCAGUUGGGCCAAUGCUGAAGACUGAUGCCGAGAGCGUGACUACGGAGGUGCACAAGGCAGAGAGUGAAGGUGGUGCAGAGGUAGAGGAGAGGAAGUUAUCCAAUGAGGCGUUGAAGACAGUGAUGGAGCUGCUGUGUGAUGAGUUGGUGAGAAAACAAGUUUCAACAUUCAUGUCUAUGAAUUUCCCUUUUUUAUUUAAAUACCUCUUUAUUCACUGUUCACUGCAGAGGAGGUAGUAGCUGCAUGCUGGUCCUCGUUGCACCAAAUGACCUUUUAUGUGCUCAAACUAGGAGCUGUGGUCAAAAGUCAAAAGUAACCAAAUAAGGACCCAGCAAUGGACCCUGACAUGAUGUGAAUUUGCCCUUUUCCUCCUCUCCACCUUUUUUUUUUCUUCUUAAAAUUAUAUAAUCAUUUAUACAUUCUGUAUUAUUUAGUUAUCCAUUUCUCUUUUCUUAUAUUUAUUUACUUAUUUAUUUAUCUUUGUAUGUCUAUUUGUUUAUCCUGUGUGUUUUCUUUAUUACUACAAUGUGUAAUGGGUAUUUGCUAUAUAUCUGCUGCAUAUGCAGCAAUACCUAGGCAUAAUAUUUUUAUACAUAUAUAUAUAUAUAUAUUUAUUUAUUUAUUUAUUAUUAUUUUUUUCUUUUCUACACCACUGAUCUUGUCUCAGAUACUGUUAAAAGUUGAAGGAAAAAAAUCCAAAUAAAAAGUUACAAAAAAAUAAAAUAAAAAGCAAACAGUUCUCAAGGUUUCUUGCCUGUGUUAAUGUGCCCGAUGGCUGAUGGAAUAAAACUAUUUUUUUACCGGUUGGUUUUACAGGCUGGUACCUAAAGCCUCCUGCCUGAUGGUAGCAGCUGAAACUCAGCAUAGAGAGGGAUGGAACCAUCAUUUAAGAUGGAGCCAACUAUUCUCUGUAACUGCUUAGUAUACAGGGAUGGUGGGUAAAGUUGGGCCUCUCCAAUCAGCCUGCUCGCCCAUUCCACUAAUCGGUUUAGGCAGUUUUUGUUUUGAAGAGACAAGUUUCUUCCAUAUGGGCUUUGUGUUUUUGUUUAACACUUUCAGCAGGCUGGAGAUGAUUGAGUCUGUCAGAGUGUUUCAUGACAGCACACAAUAGUUUAGGAAGCGUACAAAACUCAAACGGCUUAUUCUAACCAACCUUCAGCAAUGAUUGCGUAGUUAUCAGGUUGCCAAAAGAAAUACAACCAUCGAAAUCUGGACAACCAAAUCAAACCAAAAGCUCCAUUUUUUUCUUUUACAGGGCUUCCUGUUUGAGGAGAAAUUCCUGAGUCAGCUGGCCCCCCUGGAGGAAGAGGAGCAGGCUGUGAUGAAGCUGAGCUCCCUCUUCUCUGUGAGUCAAUGUUUGCAGUGCUUCAGUGUACUUUUGGCCCUAAUAAGCAAACCCCAAACUGUCACCAAUGUUGUUUUCUCCUCCAGGCUUUUGGCAUCAGCAAGAGAGAGGUUCCCAGAUUGGCUCAGGUCUUAUUAAAGCAUAAAAACCAGAAGAGAUUGCAGACUGAGGUGAGAAGGGACACGGAUGACGGGUGCAGUGGGCAAUCAUUGUUUCAGCAUUUUCCUUAGAGAUUUGUUUGCCUGCAGGAUGUUUGUGUGGAGACAGGUAAUUCCAGUGACAAGGCAGAAGACGCAGGGGCCAGCUGUAUGAGCCAUGUGACCUCUGAACACAUGGAUCUCAACCAUUUGUUGCCGGCACUGAAGAGUUUCCUGGAGCAGCACAUGAGGUCCAGGUAAGACCACGUUUCCAUGCUAACAUAGGCAGGAAUGUGUAAUUUUGAAGAGAAAAUGAAGGUAAAGAAACGUUUAUUUUUCUCUUUAAAGGGAGGUGCCAGCCAGUCAGAAUCUCAGUUUCCAGUGUGAGGCAGUGCGGGACACUUCAGAGGAUCAAGCUUACUGGGAGAGCAUGAGCAAUGUCAUCUCUGAGGACAAAGUGAAAGUGUGGGAGGCUGCAGAGAGCAAAAUAAAGCAGUACCAGUGAGUAACCAUCACAGUAAUACUUUAUAUAAACCAACCACUUACAUCGAGUUAAGAGCACAUUUAUUAAACCUUGUAAAUUUCUUCAUAAGGCUUUUUAUAGGGCAAUCAUAUCUUUGCACUAAAAUAAUUACUUUUCUGUCUUCUUGUGUUCUCAGUGCAGAGCUGACAGAGAUCUCAGAGCUUAUCACAGAGACUCUGAGUCUGGAGCAGCAGAAUGCAGAGCUAAGGGUGUUGCUGCAACAGUAUCUACAGUCUAUAGUGAGUGUGUGUGUGUGUGUGUGUGUGAAUCUCAGUGUUGAUAAAGUUUCUGACAGUUGUCACGCUGUUCUUCUGGUAAUUAUCAGUGAAAGGAAAUAGGAAAAGAGAAAAACUGUGGGGUAAUAUGCAGGAAAUACAAGUAAAGUUGUAUUCUUUAAUAUAAGAAGUUUGUUUGGUAUGAUACUCUUCUAUUCUCUUGACAGGUUUUCACAGAUCUGGAGUCGUCAUAACUUAUAAGCGACAUGGAAUCAGCAGAACUUGGACAGCAAUAAAAAGCCUGAAACUUAUGAUGGUAUGAAUGCUUAUUUAACUUUCAGAGUUAGAACACUAAGUAUCAACACCUGCUGCUGUACACCACGGUGCAUACACAUUAAACAGAGACAUACAGAGGUUUUAUCCAGCCAUGUUGAAGAGUUUGUGGCUGAGCUCUGAGGGCACCGAGAAGAAGAGCAGGGCGAGGAAGAGUAUGCCCAACACAGCAGCCAGCAGGAGCAUACAGUGGAGCCUGUAGUUCCUCCAGACCAGGAUACACAGCGUCCUCACCGGGCUCAGCAGCCAUGACAUGCUGCCUCUGGGGCGACUGUGCAGAGAGAGUCAGAAUAUAAAAGCUGUGUCUUUUAUGUAAAGAGAAAAGAAAAUGUGUCACUAAAAGGAAAAAGGACUCAAAAUUCUGCUUCUACACCU